AUGCUGACCAGCAAGGGCCAGGGAUUCCUUCACUUUGGUCUGUGCCUCUGCUCGUGUAUAUUCAUUCCUUGCUUGAAAGGCUCUGCAGGCUGUGCAUCUGAAGAGAGGCUCUUUCACAAGCUGUUUUCUCAUUAUAACCAGUUCAUCAGGCCUGUAGAAAAUGUUUCUGAUCCCGUCACAGUGCAUUUUGAAGUGGCCAUCACACAACUGGCUAAUGUGGAUGAAGUAAACCAGAUCAUGGAAACCAAUCUGUGGCUACGUCACAUCUGGAAUGACUAUAAAUUGCGCUGGAACCCAAUGGAAUAUGAUGGCAUUGAGACUCUUCGUGUUCCUGCGGAUAGAAUCUGGAAGCCUGACAUUGUCCUCUACAACAAUGCUGUUGGUGACUUUCAAGUGGAAGGCAAGACAAAAGCUCUUCUUAAAUAUGAUGGCAUGAUAAUCUGGACUCCACCGGCUAUUUUCAAGAGUUCCUGUCCUAUGGAUAUCACUUUUUUCCCUUUUGAUCAUCAAAAUUGUUCCCUGAAAUUUGGUUCUUGGACCUAUGACAAAGCUGAAAUUGAUCUUCUAAUCAUUGGAUCUAAAGUAGACAUGAAUGAUUUUUGGGAAAACAGUGAAUGGGAAAUUGUUGAUGCUUCUGGCUACAAACAUGAUAUAAAAUACAACUGUUGUGAGGAGAUAUACACAGAUAUAACCUAUUCUUUUUACAUUAGAAGACUGCCAAUGUUUUAUACCAUUAAUCUCAUCAUCCCUUGUCUCUUUAUUUCAUUUCUAACUGUGCUGGUCUUUUACCUUCCUUCUGAUUGUGGUGAAAAGGUGACACUUUGUAUCUCAGUUUUGCUUUCUCUGACUGUGUUUUUGCUGGUAAUCACAGAAACCAUCCCAUCCACAUCUCUUGUGAUCCCACUGGUGGGUGAGUACCUACUGUUCACCAUGAUUUUUGUCACCCUGUCCAUUGCGGUGACUGUAUUUGUGUUGAACAUACAUUAUCGCACCCCAGCAACACACACUAUGCCCAAGUGGGUGAAGACGGUUUUCCUCCAGCUGUUACCCCAGAUCCUGAUGAUGAGGAGGCCUCUGGACAAGAUGAGGAAGACGAGUUCUGAUAAAAACUCCAAAGGCAUUUCCAGUAGGCCCACCAAAGUCAACUUUGAUAAUUAUAGAGAGACAAAACUUCCUAAAGAAUGCUGCCACUGUCAUAAAUCAGGUGAGCUUGCCACCAGCAAAAGAAGAUUAAGUCAUCAGUCUUUACAAUGGAUGACUGAAAAUUCAGAGCACUGGCCUGAUGUCGAAGAUGUAAUUAAUAGUGUUCAAUUCAUAGCAGAAAACAUGAAGAACCAAAAUGAAACAAAGGAGGUUGAAGAUGACUGGAAGUACGUAGCCAUGGUGGUAGACAGAGUAUUUCUUUGGGUGUUUAUAUUUGUCUGUGUGUUUGGAACUGCAGGGCUAUUUCUACAGCCACUGCUGGGGAACACAGGAAAGUCCUAA